AUGGGAUGCAUGUUCAUGAAAAUGUUAACCAAUUGUUCCUUGAGAUUGAAUGAAGAGUAUUUAAAAGAUUUUUAUGGAAAUCGACAUGAUGUCAUGAAUUAUUUUUCAGAAUAUGGAUCUUAUUUUCAUAUGGCUGUUGCAACGUUAUAUGGAGAGGCCAAGUUACAUCAUGCACUCUAUAAACAAUUGGACAAGCAUAUUGAUCCAUCAUGGAAAGUCAAUGAUAUUUUAGGAAGAUGUUUAAUGACCAAUGAUUCAGAAAGAUUUUGA